GGUACUUCUGGUUGCAUACUUCCGGCCUGUCAGUGGCCGCGUUUGCUGAAACCCGGCAUCCUGGAACCUCGUGGCUCCUGGUCCUUGCUUUGGGCCUGGCGGUUGCCGAGGGAUUUGAGAGGCCGGGAUCUCGGAGACGCGGUUGGGUUCGCUAGGUGGAAAAUCGUCUCUUCCACUCGCGGCCUGCGGGGCUCCGAGGGCUUACCCCACUAGUCAUGGACUGCAGUCUGGAUAGGAUGGCCACGGUGGUCCCCGGGCAAUUUGACGACGCGGAUUCCUCAGACAGUGAAGACAAAGAAGUGCAGUCAAUCCAAGCAAAAGACGACAUUCUACUUAAAAACCUUCAGAAUGAUGCACCAGAGGUGAAGGGCGAAGAUGAGAUUGAGGAGGAAGACAGCUAUGAUUAUGACAGUGACUGGUACUUGGACGACACAACUGGAAAACUCACCAAGGGUUGGACCUGGAAUGGCAGCAGUAACCAUCAGGCAAAUCGACAGACUUCUAACUACAAUUCAGCCAAAAUGUCUACUCCAAUUGACAAGUCUUUGCGAAAAUUUGAAAAUAAGAUCAAUCUAAGUAAGCUGAAUGUUACUGAUUCUGUCAUAAAUAAAGUCACUGUAAAAUUGAGACAGAAAGAAGCAGAAUCGUAUCGCAUUAAAGAUAAGGCCGACAGAGCAACUGUAGAACAGGUUUUGGAUCCCAGAACAAGGAUGAUUUUAUUCAAGUUGUUGCAUAAAGAGCACAUAUCAGAGAUACAUGGCUGCAUCAGCACUGGAAAAGAAGCUAAUGUAUACUAUGCUAGCACACCCAGUGGAGAGAGCAGAGCAAUCAAAAUAUACAAAACUUCUAUUUUGAUGUUCAAAGAUCGUGAUAAGUAUGUGACUGGGGAGUUCAGGUUCCGCCGUGGCUAUUGCAAAGGAAACCCUAGAAAAAUGGUGAAGACGUGGGCAGAGAAGGAGAUGAGGAAUUUGUCCAGGCUAAGAACAGCAAACAUACCAUGCCCAGAACCAAUCAGGCUAAGAAGUCAUGUUCUCCUCAUGAGCUUCAUUGGCAAGGAUGACAUGCCUGCACCACUUUUGAAAAAUGUCCAGCUGUCAGAAUCCAAGGCACGGGAGCUGUACCUGCAGGUCAUUCAGUACAUGAGGAAAAUGUAUCAGGAUGCCAGACUUGUCCAUGCAGAUCUCAGUGAAUUCAACAUGCUGUACCAUGGUGGAGAUGUAUACAUCAUUGAUGUUUCUCAGUCUGUGGAGCAUGACCACCCACAUGCAUUGGAGUUCUUGAGAAAAGACUGUGCCAAUGUCAAUGAUUUCUUUUUCAAGCAUGCUGUUGCUGUGAUGACCGUGAAGGAGCUCUUCGAGUUCGUCACGGAUCCCUCCAUCACCGUUGAGAACAUAGAUGCUUAUUUGGAAAAGGCUAUGGAAAUAGCAUCUCAGAGGACCAUGGAAGAAAAGACUAGCCAAGAUCAUGUGGAUGAAGAGGUGUUCAAACAAGCAUAUAUUCCCAGAACCUUAAAUGAAGUAAAGAAUUAUGAGAGAGAUGUGGACAUAAUGAUGAGGUUAAAGGAAGAGGACAUGGCUUUGAACACUCAGCAGGACAAUAUUCUAUACCAGACUGUCACAGGACUGAAAAAAGAUUUGUCAGGAGUCCAGAAGGUCCCUGCGCUCCUAGAAAGUGAAGUUAAGGAAGAGACUUGUUUUGGUUCAGACGAUGCUGGGAGCUCUGAGUGCUCUGACACAGACUCUGAAGAGCAGGGAGAUCAAGCCGGAUGCCAAAACCAUACUGCUGACCCUGGCGUUGAUAAAAAGGAAAGAAAAAAGAUGGUCAAGGAAGCCCAGAGAGAGAAGAGAAAAAAUAAAAUCCCUAAACACGUGAAAAAAAGAAAGGAAAAAACAGCCAAGGCCAAAAAGGGCAAAUAGAGUGGAGCCAGCCCUCAGCUCCUUGGAACCCGGAAGUAGAAGUAGUUGGAGGGGCUUCUUCACCAUCUCACUGUCAGGAGGCUGGGGUGUGGUCAUGUGGUUGCUUCAAAAGGCCC